ACUUUAAUUAUGAAGUGACCGAAGAAACCUGAUAAGAAAUUAUGCCUCAUAUAUGAUAUUUAAUCGAUUUACUGCAACUUUAUACAAACAAAAUGUCUCUCAAUCAUUGGAAGAUAUUUUUGCAACUAAAAGACCACAUAUCUAAAUUAACUAACGAUAAAACGAUGCAAAUUAACUUCAGCAAAGAUUUGGUUAACGUGUUACAAAAAUUACCGCCUUCUUAUUACACUAAAGAACUAAUAAAGUUGUUUGAAACUCAAACAAAUCCACCUAAAGAACAAAAAGAAAACGAAGCCAAAGAAAGUAGUAGUAAUUACAUACCAACGGUGAUAAAAGGUAUUAAAGAUAAAAUUGGGGUGGCAAAGGAGGAAAAACCUAAAAUUAUUAUACCAAAAUGGAAACAGCAAUCAAGUAGCAUUCAAGCAUCUGUGUUCAAUAAAACGCGGCAUAUUAUUUUAUCCAUUCAAUUAUCUGAUUCGGAACACUCAAUUCAACAUUUAAUUCGUUCUUUGUUGGAUCAUAUUGAAGAAUACCCAGAAGCCAGGGGCAAAGCUGUCAAAUUGGGGGCUAUUCGGUUAUUUCUGCGACUGCGAAAAACGACAACAAACGAAAGUAUGUUGGAGUCAAUCCAUGAAGGGUUAUCUUCACUUGGGUAUGCAAAUCCUGUGCCGAAAAAGGGAAUACGAAUUUUGGCAAUUGAUGGAGGUGGCAUAAGGGGGCUUUUGGUUAUCGAAAUGAUAAAAAAAUUGGAGGAGUUAACUGGGAAACGCGUCCACGAAUUAUUUGACUUUUUUUGUGGGGUCAGCACGGGCUCUAUAUUAGCCUACUCAAUGGCUAUUCAUCAUAGACCCUUGGAGUCUAUAUCGGAACAAUAUGAAUGUAUAAGCAAGGAAGUAUUUCAACAAUCUGCAUUGUGGGGCACAGGAAAUUUAGUUUGGACCCAUUCCUACUACGAAACUGCCCUGUGGGAACAAAAAUUAAAAGAUCAUUUGGGAGAUCACAAGCUCAUAGAUUCAGCUAGGAAUCCCAAUUGCCCAAAAAUUUGCACCGUUUCUGCAGUCGUCAACCAGACUAGACUUUCAGCCUAUCUAUUUAGAAACUAUUCUUUACCUUGGCGCUACCAUUCGGAAUAUUUGGGAAGCAGCCACCAUGAAGUGUGGCAAGCCGCUAGGGCUUCAUCGGCAGCCCCUACCUAUUUUGACGAGUUUAAGUUGGGAAAUCUGAUUCAUCAAGAUGGUGGUAUUUUGGUGAAUAACCCUACAGCUAUAGCUUUACAUGAAGUUAAGCUGCUAUGGCCUGAUACUCCGAUACAGUGUAUUGUGUCUUUUGGCACUGGAAGGUCGGUUUUGUCGACGUCCGAUUUUAUAACGGCUCCACAGUCAGCUAACACCACCUCAUGGGCUAAUAAAUUUUACAAAAUAUUGGAUAGUGCCACUGAUACAGAAGCUGUCCACACAAUUUUAAAUGAUCUACUACCGCCCAACAUUUACUAUCGUUUCAAUCCGUACCUAACUGAAAUGAUAUCGAUGGUCGAAACUGACUCAAAAAAAUUGCAACAGUUAAAAAGAGACGCUCUGAUGUACUUGAGAAGAAACGAGGAUAAAUUUCAAGAGGCAGCUUGCGCUUUGACAAUGGAAAAAUCGUAUAUGCAAAAGUUAAAGGAUUAUAUCAAUUUACAAAGAGACAUUCACGGUAUAUGAAUGAAAAUGUUUUUAAGGUUAGUAUGAUCUUUUAUGAUAUUUAAAUUAAUCUCUAUAUAGUAGACAAAUAUGCUAUCUAACUAUUUAUUACCUUUUAAAAUGAAAUUAAGUAUUUAUUGUUAUUCUAAUUUUUUAGCUAUUAUGCUUUUUGUAUUUUUUUUUUUAGAUAAUUUUACCUUAGGUCAAUUUUAUUGUAAUUACUUAUUUAUGGGUAUUAUAAUUGUGAUAUAACUUUUUGACAGUUAAUAAAUAUAAUUUAUUGCAACUAA